CAAGUUAGUUCUCUUGCCGACAUUUCGGAGAUCGGUGCCUAUUUGUUUACGUUCAGUCACACACAGAUCAUGAGAAUCCGGAGCAACCCACUCCCCCGCCGGCUGGUGGACAUCACUUGCUUCCUCGUCAUUGGGAUCUUUCUGCCGGUGGUGUUCAUGUUCGAGAUUGUGGUGGUGCUGCCCGCCUUCCAUGAACCGGGUGGCUUCUUCCACACCUUCACCUUCCUUAUGGCCAUGUUCCUGGUGUUUAAUAUCAAGGGAAACAUGAUUGCCUGCAUGAUGAUUGACACCAGUGCAGAUGGUGGGUUGAGAAAGGUGGACCCACCGGCGGAUCAGGCGAACUGGCGGGAGUGCGGCGAGUGCGAGAAGCUAGCUCCACCCAGAUCCUGGCACUGCAAGAUCUGCAAGGUGUGCAUUCUGAAGCGGGAUCACCACUGCGUCUACACCGGCUGCUGCAUUGGACUCCGAAACCAUCGCUUCUUCAUGGGCUUCAUAUUCUAUCUAUUUGUGGGAUCCGUUUACGCACUGGUUUACAACUCCAUAUACAUGUGGGUCAUCCACGGCCACAUCUACAACAACUGGCUGACGGUGUUAAAACUCAGCUGCCCCAUGCUACUCCUGGUAACGGGCAGUUUUUGGAGCAACAUGUACCUGGUCUUCUAUAGCUUAAAUAUUUUGGCUCUGGCCUAUGGAGUCAUCCUGCUGGGCUACCAUGUGCCAAUUGUUUUAAGAGGCGGUGUUUCCGCCGAUCGCACCAAGGAGAGCAAAGAAAAAUACGACCGGGGAGUGUAUCAAAAUCUGAGGAGCGUUUUUGGAAACCGCAUGCACUUAGCGUGGCUGUCCCCACUGAUUCGCAGCGAUCUGCCGGAUGACGGAUACCACUGGAGUGUCUCUACGAACAAACAAGACUGAUUAGGAUCUAGGAUAUAUAUCUGCAGUGCGGCUCCUACCUGGGAAUCCCGUAAAUGACCACUGUGACUUUGGCAACCUUUGGUGGGAUAUUCGUUAAUCUUAGGGUGGUGAAGUUGUAACCAAUUCCGCCGGACACAACGGAUGCCUGGCCAUUCCAUUCCAUUUCACUUUCAUCGAUGACUAAUAUCAUGUUAAUAUGAAAGCCCAUGCUACCCUGUACAGAAAUACUUAGAUCUUCCACUUUAUUUAAAAAACUUAUAUUUUAUGAA